UGGUUUAGGUAUAUAGCAAAGCUAGUUAACUAAGCACAGCUUAAACUACACCAAAAACUAACAAAGAACAAUAAACAAUACACAGUACACAGUUACAACGGGUUUUGCCAUGUUAUUGUUAUUACUGUAGAAACGCUACAAAAAAAAACAAAAAAAAAAACAAAAAAAACAACAAAAACGAAAAGGAAAAGGAAAACCCUUCAUACAAACGUGCAGCAAAUUAAAGAACACAUCCUGGCAAGGCGAGCGAGCGAGUGUAAAGGAACUGUAAAGGAACAACACGCUUUACCUAUUGAUAGUUAUCUAAAAUACGAUCAUGUCACCCAAAGACGGCGGCGGCAUUGACCUCACCAAGCACAACAAUAACAAAUACACGCUCAGCCACAGCACAACGCAGCUGGCCGGCCAGGAGAAGGGUGCAGAUGGAGGCGGUGCAAAGACAGAGACGCCGCCGCAGCGGACGUGGCGGGAAAAGUUGCGUGUGGUUGCGAAUAAUGUCACCGUGGAGCCGAUACUUGCCGCCUACAUUAUGCCUAGCGUGCUCUCGAACCUGGCCACGCAGAACCUUAACUUGGAGAAGGCAUGCCGCGUCAACAUGGCCUACGGCGAUGAGAUCUGCGAUGCACUCACCCGCCGCCAAACGGCCAACUAUACGCUCGAGGAGGAGACGGUGCAACAGAUGGUCGCUCGGAUGGCGGCAUGGAAGACGGUGAUUCAGUCCCUGUUUCCCUGCCUCCUGAUCCUGUUCUGGGGCUCAUGGAGCGAUCGCCAUCGUCGUCGCAAGCCCUGCAUCCUCAUACCGGUGGUGGGCGAGUUCCUCGGCGUUGUUGGCCUCAUGCUUUGCGUCUACUUUGAGGAUGCACCCAUGGAAGCUGCUGCGCUUACGGAGGCCAUCUUCCCAUCCCUCAGCGGCGGCUGGUUCACCAUGCUGAUGGGCGUCUUCAGCUACAUUGCGGACAUAACCACCGAGGAGGAGCGCACCCUGCGCAUCGGCAUACUCAACGUCUGCUUCUCGGUGGGCGUGCCAAUAGGCAUGGCCUUCAGCGGCGUACUGCUCAAGCAAAUUGGCUUCUAUGGCGUCUUCACCAUUUCGGCAGCGUUUUAUGUGUUGGCCUUUGUCUAUGGCUUUUUCUAUCUGGAGGAGCCCGUGGCUCGACCGGAGAAGACCCUACCGCACAAGAGUCUGCUGGCAGACUUCUUUGACAAGGAGCAUGUGGUGCAAACAUUCCGCGUUGCCUUCCAGAAGGGCGAGAAUCAGCGACGUCAGCGCGUCAUCCUACUAAUGAUUGUGGUGAUGGUGAUCAUUGGACCGCUGCACGGCGAGAUGGCGGUCACGUAUCUGUUCACCCGUUUCCGCUUCAACUGGUCCGAGGUGGAGUUCAGUUUCUAUUCCACGUAUGCGAUGUUCACGGGCCUCAUCGGCGUCAUCUUCUGCGUGGGCGUACUCUCGCACAAGCUGAAUAUCGAUGAUGCACUCGUGGGUGUGCUAUCCAGCACAUCGAAGAUUCUGUCCUCGUUUGUAUAUGCCUUUGCCACACUGCCGUGGCAUAUGUAUCUGGGCGGUUUGGUUGAGAUCUUCAACGGCACCGCCUUCAUUGCGAUGCGCUCGAUAGCCACCAAGCUGGUGUCCAAGGAUGAACUGGGUAAGGUGAACUCGCUGUUCGGCGUUGCUGAGGCACUCAUGCCCAUGGUCUUUGCACCCAUGUAUACGACACUGUAUGCUGCCACGCUCCGGGUGCUGCCUGGCGCCUUUUUUCUCCUUGGCGGCGGCCUAACCAUGUUCUCCGUGGGCAUCUUUCUGUGGAUGUACCGUUUCCAGGUGCGACAGCGUCGCAAUGGAAUGCGCACGGAUACGGAGCAUGCCUCGUUCCGGGAAACCAAUGGCAACAUCAAUGCCAUUGAGGCACUCGUACUGGCCAGCGAGGCCAAGGGUCAGUUGAAUGGCAUCAUUGCCAAUGUGAUACACGAGUCCUUGGAGCAUGCGGAUCCAAAUGCAGUCAAUCCAAUCCCUGCGACGCCUGCAACGACAACGACAACGUCAUCGCCAGCGGCAGCAGCGCGGCAAAAUGGCAUUGAGAAUCGUGGCUUUGUGCAGGACGCACAGGAUGCCAAUGGCAAGGAUGCCUAGGAUUCCCCAUCUCCCCGUCUAUUAUUUGUAUAUGUUUCAUAAUUAUUCUGUACCUACUUACUACUACUACUACUAUGCGGGCGGGCCUGUUAACACCCGAACCCCCUUAUUUCUGAAUUGGGUUGAGCAGGUCGUGUAUUAUUAUCUGUACCUACAAAUACAUACGUUAACGUAUUGUACGAUCUGUAAAUUUGCUUAGUUUUAAGUGCGAAAAACUUGUUUACUAUUCAAUUUGCAUAAUUUUUUUUUGUUUUUGUUUUUUUUUUAUUGAUUAGACUUAAGACUGUAAAAGUAUUGAAUAAAUGUAAUAACGUCCACAA